AUGUAUUCAGGAGUGAUGGAAAGAAACACAGAAUGGAGUGUUAUAGAAGAAGAUAGAUGGAGGAAAGGACCUUGGACUUCUGAGGAAGACAAAUUGCUCAUUGAAUAUGUCAACCUCCAUGGUGAAGGCAGAUGGAACUCCGUCGCUAGGCUUACAGGAUUGAGAAGAAAUGGGAAAAGCUGUAGAUUAAGAUGGGUGAACUACUUGAGACCAGACCUUAAGAAGGGUCAGAUUACACAACAAGAAGAAAGCAUAAUCCUAGAGCUUCAUGCUAGGUGGGGAAAUAGAUGGUCAACAAUUGCGAGAAGCUUGCCGGGAAGAACAGACAAUGAAAUAAAGAACUACUGGAGAACUCAUUUCAAGAAAAAGACUAAAAAACUAUCUGAUGCUGCUGAAAAGGCGAAAAAUCGCUGUUUCAAGAGGCAGCAACAACAGUUGAAACAGCAACAGCACCAAAUUCAGCAGCAGCAACAACAACUGCAAUACAAUUUGGAUAUGAAAGGGAUUAUAGACUUGUUGCUUGAUGAAAAUGACUACUAUAGUGUUCCUUCUACAUCUCAAGAGACACAAGAAAUCGUUAACGUGUAUACAGAUACGCCGGAACAGCAGGGUUACUCUUACUCUAUGCUCAAUGGUAAUGGUAAUUGUAAUGUUUAUGCACAAGAGUCUUCAAAUGAAGAAAUUUUGUGGGAUGGACUUUGGAACAUGGAUGAUGUUCUUGGAAAUUCAAUGCAACCUAUGAUGCUACAAGCAAAGCCAGCCAGUGUGUCAAUGUGCACAAUUUAG